GCCGAGAAAGAAUUUUAUCGACUAAGCUAAAGGAUACACCGGAGCGCGUCCUCUUUUCAGCUUGCUCCGCGUAGUCUAGAUCUUUUGACCAAAAAACACUUCUUCUUACCGUUAGUCUGCGAUGUGCGUCUCAAGGUUAACGAAGCGAUAAUCUUCGGCUGCAGACGGUGAGUUCGGUAAAGCUACAUACGAGGCAAGGUGGGCUUCUGAGGCCACACUCAUUGAGUGGUUGGUCCUGGCAAAAUAAUCAGGAAGGAGCUUGUGGCUGCUUGUGAUGGUUCGCUCAAUCCAACAGGACUCCAUCGACCUGUUUCUCAUCAGGGCCCAAAAGCCCCAGGGCCUCCCGCCUGGUAGGUGCACUAGGGUCAAAGAAGGGCACUUCGGCCAGGGACGUGACUCUGGUGCCGUGCCGAGGGUGUUUGCCGCCAUAAUCCCAACUAGCGUUGUGGAUUGUGAUUCUGUAACAGGUUAUCAUGGUCAGCACGGGUGUGCGCGAGACAAGCGAACGGUUUCUUUCUCUCUGCUGUGGACGUUGAGGAGAAGAAAAAAGCGGAGUAGAAGAGUCUCUCACCUGUUAUCCCAAAGCGCACUCGUUCCCGGGGUCCACUUGAACCGGACCUGAAUGUCGACAUUCUUCUCAUACACAUCGAACAAGUAUCCCAGAAUCAGAUCACUUUCCUCUUUAUCGAGCCCGACGAUCCUGACGGUCAUGGCACGGUUGACCCAGAGGGCCUUCCAGCCCGUGGCCGGGUGGACACGGACCAACGGGUGCGUCCGUUCGACAUACUGCGGUCCAGCGGUCGGGUUGUCGCGGUCGAGGUAAGCAUGGGCAGACCGGUAAACGGCCUGCUUGCCAUCGAUGAGCUUGCGGAAAUCAGGAGACAGCUUUUCAUAUGCCCCAUAGCCGCUGGCCCAGAGGGUGUCGCCGCCCACGGGCGGCACGGUGUCGUUGUGCAGGUGAGUCACGCCAGCGGGCUGCCGUUCAUGGACGAGAUCCGUAUGCCAGCGGGACGCGCCGCCAGGUCGACGGAAGCUUGCGGAGAUCUCGGUCGCUUGCAGAUCGGGCCAAAUCACAGUCACGCCCGGAACGCCAGGAACUUGAGGGACUUGAGGCUGUUAUUUUUGCAUUUUAAUUAGUAUUCAAACAGGGCAAAUGCAUCGCAGUCAACUAUACGACAGGCCAUCGUUUUGGAGGACGCAGCAAAUGGCUUGUGCAUGGUCGGUUGGGACCUGACUUACAUGCACUUCAACCUCGCCAUAGUAUUCACCCAGCGCCUUUUGCUGUUGAGGCGAGAGGUCCUGGUCCCGGAAAAAGACAACGCUCCGCUCGGCUAUCAGCAACGCUAGCUCGUCUUUUUGCUGGUCAGUGAGAUCUUUGAGCUGCAGCCCUUCGAUCUCUGUGCCGAUAUGUGUUGUCAGGUCGGUCACUUUCGUCGCAGCCGACAACAAGGCUUUUUUCGACUUGUCGGCCCUCGAGCCCGGGUCGACGUGUUUCCUCUCGCUGUUGCGGAUGUUGUACACAUCCUGGAGAUACAGGGGUUUGUUGGGGCGAUACGGAUAUCCCUCUGAAAGGUCGAUCCCAGCCUCUGUUAGUCUCUUCAAUGCCGGCUCAGGCAAGCCCAGCGUGUCCUUCUUCGGGACCACGAAAUCCUUGAUGCUCGGAUCGAUUGGUGCUGGUGCCAUCUUGUUUAUUUUUGAUGUUCAAAGAAACACUUGUCGCGUCCGAGAAGCCAAAGAACUGAGAGUACACACAUGCAGAGAGAGACACACACACAAGACACAUCCUGGCACUUCGGCCCUUGCCUUGAUGUUUUAUCAAAGAUCGCGACCCCAUCAUCCCACUCCAUUCGCUCGGCUUCAAUGGCGAUAUUCAUGCACUUUAUGGCGUGCAAACACCCACAAUUGGAUCUCGGUUGGCUGUAUGCCGCGCCAGCACCACAGUCUGAGUGGGAUUCAUGCAUGUAGGUGCAGAUCCUAUGGUGGCAUCUGGGGUCGAACGACCUGUUAGUGCUGUCAAGUCGGUAGGCCUGGACACACCCACAACACUAAUGAUCUGUGGCCUGCCACCCCUCUUCAUCAAAGAACAAGCUUACUGGGCCAAUAAUCAUGCUUCCAUAGCUAUCAUUUCCCAUGACCAUGCACGUUCUAGUUGUUCAUUCCAGAAUAUCCAUGACCGAAACAGCCACGCCGGCGCAUCACGUGAGCAAAUGGCGUGCUUCAACCCCUUUAUUUGCUGCUCUGCUAAAUGGCCAUGGACCAGACAAGGCUCAGCUGCAGUGUAACACAAGGAACACAGACCAUUGCAAGGUUCGUUGCUUUUCGGGUAUCAUGCUCUCGUGGUUGGCCAUAGGGGACAUGUCGCCAACGACCCCUGCACAUCGAUCAAGAUAAGCGUCGUCCAACUUUGAAGUGGACCCCUUGCACCCGACUCGCUCUGGUGCUUGGCUUUGCUUGAUAACCUGCCAGGUUGGAGAAAUAGCAUGCUGUUACAACAGCACGCAAUCCUCAGCUUAGGGGACGCCAUUCAACUUGAUACCGAAUACCACUGCCGUGUGGCGGAAUCAAAGCCGCCAGCGGCCAGAACCGGCCCGUGGCAUGAGUAUCCCUGAUGAUCGCCGCAUGCCUCGACAGCGGUGUUCUGUCCGGGCUUUUGAAGGCGGGGUGGUAGCCUCUUAAGACAAACAAACAAUCCGGCACUGCCAACACUGCUCUGAUACAGACAAUCUGUUGGAAGGUCGGGGAGAAACAAACCUCGAAUAGCUAUGGCUGCCUACGACAAAACAGUGGAGGCAGGCGUGCAAGGUGUCGCAGCAGGUAGUCCGCGAGAGAGUACCAACAGCUUGCACCACAAUGACGCCGGUCCAAUCAAAGCAAAGCCUCAACGGACAUGGCAGUCGUACAUCUGGGACAGCCUCGACAAGUCGCCAGAGGAACGCAGGUUUCUAUUCAAGCUCGAUGCUGCCGUCCUGACAUUUGCCAGUCUGGGGUACUUUAUCAAGUACCUAGAUCAGAUCAAUAUCAACAAUGCGUUUGUUUCUGGGAUGAAGGAGGAUCUGGGCUUGUACAAGAACCAACUCAACUACAUGCAGACAUGUUGGACAGUCGGCUAUGUUAUUGGAGAGAUACCAUCAAACAUGAUUCUCACAAGAGUUCGACCGAGCAUAUGGAUACCCGCCAUGGAACUUACCUGGACGGUCCUUACAUUCUGUCUGUGUAAGUGCAACAGCGCGGGUUCGAUAUAUGCGCUUCGCUUCCUGGUCGGUCUGGCCGAAUCAACAUUCUAUCCCGGAAUGGUCUAUGUCAUUGGAUCCUGGUACCGUCGCGAUGAGCUCGCCAAGCGCUCAUGCAUUUUCCACACGAGCUCAGCAAUUGGCAGCAUGUUCUCCGGAUAUCUCAUGGCUGGUGUGUACAAGUUGGGUGGCAAGGGCGGGCUCAAGGGAUGGCAAUGGCUGUUCGUGGUUGACGGAAUCAUCUCACUCCCGGUUGCCAUUUCCGGUUUCUUUCUUUUGCCUGACGUCCCUGAAAUCACCCGGGCAUGGUACUUCACUCCGGCGGAGCGUGAGUAUGCGAAGAAACGUAUGGAUCUCGAAGGUCGGGCGAAGCGGGCUCCAUAUACAAAGGCGAAGUUCAAGAAGAUCUUCACAUCUUGGAAGAUUUAUGCCUUGACAAUGUUAUACAUUACCUUCAACAAUGCCGCUUCCGGAGUGGGUCAGCCCACAUUUGCACAAUACCUGAAAGCGUCGAAACAUCCAAAAUACACGGUAUCGGAGAUCAACACAUAUCCCACCACGACAUACGCAGUGCAGAUAGUCAGCACGCUGGUUUAUGCCUGGACCUCUGACAGCAUCUUCCGGGGCGCACGCUGGCCUCCAAUCGUCUUUGGAGGUUUGGUCUGUAUCGUGUGUUAUUCAAGUCUCGCGGCCUGGGACAUUCCCACAGGCUGGCACUGGGCAUGCUAUAUGAUAGCAGGCUGCGGGGGCGGGUUGAGUGGGUUGUGCAUGUCGUGGGCGCACGAAAUCUGCUCCGACGACAACGAAGAGCGAGCCAUUGUUACAGGCACGAUGAACGAAAUGGCCUAUGUAUUCCAGGCCUGGCUACCGCUGGUCGUGUGGCAACAGGUCGAUGCGCCAAAGUAUACCAAAGGCUUCAUCACCUCAACCUGCCUCAACGCCGCCAUGAUCAUCACCGCUUUCGUUAUCAGAUAUUUGUGGAAGAAGGAGCAGGCCAAGAAGAGAAAGGAGGUUGAAUUCUUUGAGAGUUGACCAUUGUUGUCACUUGGCGCUUCUGGAAGCGCGUGAUAGCUCGGAGCAAAUGUUGGCAUAUGAGAUACUUUGCGUGGAGCAGAUCUCAUCAGCCAUAAGUAGGUCUGCUCAGAGAAUGUGGCCCGACAUUACUGUCCAGACCUACUGGUUUCUUCUUUAUUCUGUGGCAGACGAGGCUGACGCCUCCUCAAAAUUUGCAGGCUCAAUGACCCAAUCCUCUCGAAUAGACAAAGUAGUAUUCUUAACGCAAGCAGCGCGCGUCACUUUGAACCGUUAUGGCUUUCCGGAUCGGGUUAAUUGUUCACUGGCGAGGCCGGAGUGAUCGUUUCUGAGUUUGUUUACACAAUGACCGUGGCUUAUGCUGUUCCCCGA